CCCUUGAGGACACCAAUGCCUCUAAUCUCUUCUGAAGAAAUGGGACUUCACUUUCGUGACCUGCCUGAUCUCGUCAGCAAGUCAGCACAUCUGCCAGAGUGAAGAUGGCCGCCAGGGCUUGGCCACCCAACUUGAAGCCUCUCCAGAAGCGGCGUUGCCAGGCCUGUGGCUUCGGCUCCCGCCUUCACUGCCUUCUCAUUGGUGGAGAAGCCCGCUCCGGCUUUGGGAUUGGCUGGACCGUACAGCUUCAAGUCAGAGUCACAGUGGCAGCCUUGAGUUGGACGCCAAGGUCCCUGAAGUGAUCUUUAAGCCCGAGCCCCAAAUCUGCCAUCAUUCCUUGCUGCGGGGACACCAUGGCUCCAGAGGAAGAUGCUGGAGGGGAGGCCUUAGGUGGCAGCUUCUGGGAGGCUGGCAACUACAGGCGGACAGUGCAGAGGGUAGAGGACGGGCACCGGCUGUGCGGGGACCUGGUCAGCUGCUUCCAGGAGCGUGCCCGCAUCGAGAAAACCUAUGCCCAGCAGCUGGCUGACUGGGCCCGCAAGUGGAGGGGUGCCAUGGAGAAGGGACCCCAGUACGGCACAUUGGAGAAGGCCUGGCAUGCCUUCUUCACUGCAGCUGAACGGCUGAGUGCACUGCACCUAGAGGUGCGGGAGAAGCUGCAGGGGCAAGACAGCGAUCGGGUGCGUGCUUGGCAGCGGGGGGCCUUCCACCGGCCUGUGCUUGGUGGCUUCCGAGAGAGCCGGGCUGCCGAGGAUGGAUUCCGCAAGGCCCAGAAGCCCUGGCUAAAGAGGCUGAAGGAGGUUGAGGCUUCCAAGAAGAGCUACCACGCUGCCCGGAAAGACGAGAAGACAGCCCAGACUAGGGAGAGCCACGCAAAGGCGGACAGCGCCGUCUCCCAGGAGCAGCUUCGCAAACUGCAGGAGCGGGUGGAACGCUGUUCCAAGGACGCCGAGAAGACAAAAACCCAAUAUGAGCAGAUGCUGGCAGAGUUGCAUCGCUACACCCCGCGCUACAUGGAGGACAUGGAGCAGGCCUUCGAGGCCUGCCAAGCCGCUGAGCGCCAGCGGCUUCUCUUCUUCAAGGACAUGCUGCUCACUUUACACCAGCACCUGGACCUCUCCAGCAGUGAGAAGUUCCAUGAGCUCCACCGUGACCUGCACCAGAGCAUCGAGGCAGCCAGUGACCAGGAGGACCUGCGCUGGUGGCGUAGCACCCACGGGCCCGGCAUGGCCAUGAACUGGCCACAGUUUGAGGAGUGGUCCUUGGACACGCAGAGGACAAUCAGCAGAAAGGAAAAGGGCAGCCGGAGCCCUGAUGAGGUGACUCUGACCAGCAUCAUGCCCACAAGAGAUGGCACCGCACCCCCACCCCGGUCUCCGGGGUCCCCAGGCAGUGGGCAGGAGGAGGAGUGGUCAGAUGAGGAGAGUCCCCGGAAGGCUACCACCGGGGUCCGGGUGCGGGCCCUCUACGAUUAUGCCGGCCAGGAAGCUGAUGAGCUGAGCUUCCAAGCAGGGGAGGAGCUGCUGAAGAUGAGCGAGGAGGAUGAGCAAGGCUGGUGCCAGGGUCAGUUGCAGAGUGGACGCAUUGGCCUGUACCCUGCAAACUACGUGGAAUGUGUGGGGGCCUGACCUCCUGCAACGUUUCUCCACUGUGGGUCAGAGCCCAUCUUCUCCUUGGACAGCCUGCCCCGAGGGCCCUGAAUCAUCAUGCCCCUGACCCUCUGUCCCUUGAGGGGGAGGAAAUCCUGGGACCUGGGGAGGGUAGGGGCCUGAGGCUAGGAAGAGACUGGUCGGGAAGGGCCAACUGAAUCUAGACUGAGGGUAAGAUGGGGAGGUCAGGUGCUGACCGAGGGCUCAGGGGUGCCUGGGCCUUCCCAGGGGUGCUUGGGUCUCCCCAGAAGUUGUGGACCCAGCUCCUGGCCUCUGUUUUGGGGUUCCUGGGGUGGGCUUGGGGUGAGUGUAGUUCUAGCCUAGCAAUGCUUUUUUUUGUGCCUUGUUCUAGUGUGUAUUAA